AUGUCUUUCCUCGCUCGACGAGUUGCUGCCGGCAGCAGCCGAGCCGUCCUCAACUCCAGCAAGGCGUCGCUGGCCAACGCCACCCGCAGCUUCGCAAGCGCCGCCGAGCACAACGGCGUCUCGUUUGGCCUCAACGAGGACCAGGAGGCAUACAGAGACCUCGCGCGGAAGUUCGCCCGCGAGGAGAUCAUCCCCGUGGCCAAGCACUAUGACCAGACGAUGGAGUACCCCGUCCCCGUCCUCAAGAAGGGCUGGGAGCUCGGCCUGAUGAACACCCACAUCCCCGAGGAGUACGGCGGCCCGGGUCUCGGCCUGGUCGAGUGCGCCCUCAUCUCCGAGGAGCUCGCCUAUGGCUGCUCUGGCAUCCAGACGGCCAUGGAGGCCAACGGCCUCGCCGAGGCGCCCCUCAUCGUCGCAGCCAGCCACGAGACCAAGCAGAAGUACCUCGGCCGGAUGACCGAGGAGCCGCUCAUGGCUGCCUACUGUGUCACCGAGCCCGGGGCUGGUUCCGACGUCGCAGGCAUCGCGACCAAGGCCGAGAAGCAGGGCGACAAGUGGGUCAUCAACGGCACCAAGAUGUGGAUCACCAACGGCGGCAAGGCCAACUGGUACUUUGUCCUGGCCAAGACUGACCCGAAUGCCAAGGCGGCCAAGUCGAUGACGGGCUUCGUCGUCGACGCCGACACGCCCGGCAUCCACAUUGGCAAGAAGGAGAUCAACAUGGGCCAGCGGUGCUCCGACACGCGCCAGAUCACCUUUGAGAAUGUCGUCGUGCCCGAGGAAAAUGUGCUGGGCAAGCCCGGCGACGGCUUCAAGACGGCCAUGGGCGCUUUCGACAUCACCCGUCCCCUCGUGGCCGCCGGCGCCGUCGGGUUGGCCCAGCGCGCCCUGUACGAGGCGGCCACGUACGCCCAGGAGCGCAAGACGAUGGGCAAGCCCAUCAUUGAGCACCAGGCCAUCUCGUUCCUCCUGGCCGAGAUGCAGAUGGCCGUCGAGGCGUCGCGCAACAUGGUCUGGAAGUCGUGCUGGGCAAAGGACCAGGGCCAGCGCAACUCGUUCUGGGCCUCGAUGGCCAAGUGCAUGGCCUCCCAGGCCGCCACGGCCAACGCCAACGGCGCCGUCCAGGUCUACGGCGGCAUGGGCUUCAACACCGAGUCGCCCGUCGAGAAGCUCCUCCGCGACAGCAGGAUCUUUGAGAUCUACGAGGGCACCACCCAGAUCCAGAAGCUCAUCAUUGGCAGGCACAUCCAGGAGCUCUACAAGGUCUGA